GAGUUGUAGUCCGCCGUCCCAGGCUCCGCCCCUCGUAACGCCACUUCCGGGCCAGCGCGCUGAGCCCUUGGGCUGACGUGGGCGCCCCCAUCAUCCCCGCGGCGGAGCCACCGUGAGGCUAUGGAUAUACUCUUCAGAAUAAGAGGAGGCCUUGAUCUAGCUUUUCAGCUAGCUACUGCUAAUGAAAUAUUUAUCAAGAAAGCACUAAAACAUGUGCUGAGUGACCUGUCAACCAAGCUUUCUUCAAAUGCCCUUGUGUUCAAAAUCUGCCACAGUUCAGUGUACAUAUGGCCAAACAGUGAUAUUAACACCAUGCCAGGAGAAUUGGCUGAUAGUUCUCCUUGUAAGAGCAUAAUGCGCUUUAUUCACUUUGAACAGGAGGAAGACACAAAACGAAAAUUUAUGAGAAAGAAAGACAGAAAGGUACCAGACAUGCAUCAAAUAGUAAAUAUAGAUCUUAUGCUGGAAAUGUCAACCUCUCUGGGAGCUAUAACCCCCAUCAUUGAAAGAGAAAGUGGAGGACAUCACUAUGUUAGUAUGACUUUACCUGUUGACGUAGUUCUAUCUGUUGCUCCAGAAGAAACAUGGGGAAAAGUUCGUAAACUUCUAGUUGAUGCAAUUCAUAACCAACUAAGGGAUAUGGAAAAGUGCCUUUUGAAACAUAUGAAAGGAACAUCUAUUGUGGUUCCUGAACCACUGCACUUUCUAUUGCCAGGGGAAAACAAUCUUGUAACAAUUUCAUAUCCAUCAGGAAUUCCAGAUGGUCAGCUGCAGGCUUAUAGAAAGGAGUUACAUGACCUCUUCAAUCUGCCUCAUGACAGACCGUAUUUCAGAAGAUCUAAUGCCUAUCACUUUCCAGAUGAACCAUACAAAGAUGGUUACAUUAGAAAUCCACAUACUUACCUCAAUCCACCUAACAUAGAGACUGGUAUGAUUUAUAUGGUCCAGGGUAUCUAUGGCUAUCAUCACUAUAUGCAGGAUCGGAUAGAUGACAAUGGCUGGGGCUGUGCUUACCGAUCUCUGCAGACAAUCUGCUCUUGGUUCAAACACCAAGGCUACACAGAGAGAUCCAUUCCAACACACAGAGAAAUUCAGCAGGCCCUAGUUGAUGCCGGGGACAAACCAGCAACAUUUGUUGGAUCACGACAAUGGAUUGGAUCCAUCGAGGUACAGCUGGUACUGAACCAACUGAUUGGUGUAACUUCAAAAAUAUUGUUUGUCAGCCAAGGUUGUGAAAUGGCCUCUCAAGGACGGGAGCUGGCUAAUCAUUUCCAGACUGAAGGAACUCCAGUCAUGAUCGGAGGAGGAGUUUUGGCCCACACAAUACUAGGAGUGGCAUGGAAUGAGAUUACAGGGCAGAUAAAAUUUCUGAUUUUAGAUCCACAUUACACAGGCGCUGAAGAUCUGCAAGUUAUUUUGGAAAAGCAAAGUAUCCACCUAUUCAGCAUGAAGUACCUAAUAUGUGCCAUCCACUGUCCAAGAAAAACAGAAAACCUAAAGAGCAGCUCUACUCAGCCCUCCAAUCUCCACACUACAAAAUAAAGCUAACACGCUAUCUGCUGUAGAAAUCAUAAACUUCAGCUCUAGAUCACUGCAGAGUACACAGCAGCUUCGGAGUUAGGCGAAAGAGUAAGACCACAGCACUUGUCACUCACUGGGUGGUAUUUAUUUUAAGAGUUCUGUCUGGCCUCCUCACAAGCAAAGCAUUUCAUUUCAGAAUGCUAGAACUCAGACUAGUCAUUAGCUGGGUCUUUAAGAAAAUUGACGGCCCUAGAGAAAAUUUGAUGGACUUUUGUAUUCACAGUGAGAUUUUUGUUUGAAAGUAAUUUUCUCUGCUGGGGAAAAGGAUGGAAAAGAUUGGAAAGUGGAAGGACAGUGAAGGGCAAUUCAAGAGGCCAGCAGAUUUCUCCCUGCCACAUUUCCUCGUAGCUGAGAUGCACAUCAUGAUCCCUAGAACAGCCUUUAAUGGAUCACAAAAGCAGAUUGCCCAUUCAACUAUUACCUGCCAUUGGCUACCAGAAUCAUAAAACUUAAUAAAAGUGUGGUAUCUGGAGUAAUGUUACCAUAACGAAGCUUUUUCUUUUUUUUUUAUCAUUUUUUUGGUUAAAUACUAUAGAAUUGACUUUUUUUUUUUAACUCUAUCUGAAAUGGACCCAAGUAUAUUACUUUUCUGUGCUUUAUAGAGUUCAGAUCUUUGAGUUAUAUAGAUAGAGUCUUUUCUGGGAUCCAGUUGACGGAACAGGAUUGUAAAAUGUUACUAUUUUGAUCAUGUAAUCCUAUAAUUUAGUAAAAGGUUUUCCUAUCCCUUCUCCCAAAUCUAGGGCUGGUGUGGAUGGAAAGGCCCAGACUUUUGGAACAAAGAUGCUUACUAUAAUUUAUGUCUUCCUCAGCGACCAAAUAUUUUUUAAAGUAUCUCAGACUCAAAUACUGUAGUAAAGUUGUAUUAUAAAUUUGUUAAUAAAGACUAAGUUU